AAAAGAAGAGGUGACCAAUAAAAACGCAGAAAAAGCAACUGACGUUAGAGUGAGCGAUAGGACCCUGCCAGGUAGCAGAAUUUCUGCAAGAAGCACCGAAGCGGAGAAAUAAAUGAUCCACUAUGCGGGACCUGUUUCUGCAGUAGCAUGGAAAAGUACGAAAAGGUGGAACAAAUCGGGGAAGGUUCAUUUGGAAAGGCCAUCCUGGUGAAAUCUAGAGAGGAUGGACGACAGUUUGUCAUCAAGGAGAUUGGAAUAUCUGGGAUGUCCAGUAAAGAGAGGCAGGAAUCUCGGAGAGAGGUUGCUGUUCUUGCCAACAUGAGUCAUCCUAAUAUCGUGCAGUAUAAGGAGUCUUUUGAAGAAGGAGGGUGUCUGUACAUAGUCAUGGACUACUGUGAGGGAGGGGACCUUUUUAGAAAGAUCAACUCUCAGAAAGGAGCACUGUUUUCAGAGGAACAAAUCCUAGAUUGGUUUGUGCAGAUCUGCCUGGCACUGAAGCACGUACAUGAUCGGAAAAUUCUCCACAGGGACAUUAAAUCUCAGAAUAUAUUUUUGACCAAGGAAGGGACAGUUCAACUUGGAGACUUUGGGAUUGCGAGGGUUCUGAACAGCACUGUUGACCUGGCGAGGACAUGUAUAGGGACACCAUAUUACUUAUCACCAGAGAUCUGUGAAAACAAACCGUACAACAAUAAAAGUGAUAUUUGGGCCCUAGGGUGUGUACUCUAUGAAAUGUGCACUCUUAAGCAUGCAUUUGAAGCUGGUAACAUGAAGAACUUGGUCCUGAAGAUAAUUCGUGGCUCUUACCCUCCUGUAUCGGUUCACUACUCCCAAGAGCUGCGCUCCCUCUUAGCACAGCUUUUUAAACGCAAUCCCAGAGAGAGGCCUUCGAUCAGCAGCAUUUUGGACAAACCUUUCCUUUCGUGUAGGAUAGAAAGGUUUCUCACACCACAGAUCAUCGCUCAGGAAUUCCGCCACACUUUUCUUCACAAGCAGCCUAAAAUGGGUGUAGCACAGGUGCCGUCAGCCCAGAGGAUUACAAAGCCAGCGUGUAAAUAUGGAGUGCCUUUAACGGGAAAGAAGGUUAGCGGUGGAGCCAAGAAGCCUUCAGAGAGGAAGGCUGCAAUCAAAAACAAACCGGCCCUUCUCCCAGCAGCUCCUCAAAGAAGGAUCAGUCAAGUGGAGGAAGACAGAAAAAAGCCCGAGGAUGGCAUCAGAAAGAAAAAGAUGGACCCGCUGGAAAAGGAAAGGAGGCAGGGAGAGCAGAUGUUCCCAUUGAAAGCGGAGCAAAUGAAGAAAUAUGAGAAGGAAAAGAUCAGUCGAAUAAACCAAGCCAGGGAACAAGGCUGGAAGCAUGUCUUGAGUUCAAGUGGCGGCAGCAGUCCGGAAAGGAAGUGUUUUGUGGGAGGUAAAAGGCCUGUGGGUGUCCAAGCUUCUGUUUUGGGACGCUCUCCGGCCCUUAGCCACAGCAAGAGCACAUAUGAGCACUACUAUGCUGCUCUGGACCAAAUGGCUAAAUCCCAGCCCAAAGACGGCAGCAGGGAGGGAUCCUCAGCAGGACCUGGCAGUCCCCUUAGAGGUGUACCAGCAGCUGCCGGCCCAGUACUGCCUAACGGAUCUGCCCAUCAACUGAACUCUAAUGCAAUCAAAAGAGAACUUCAGAGGUUGCACCAUGUUUCGAAACACGCUCAGAUUAGCCGGCAGCGUGGUCAGAUACCAGCUGAACGAGCCUUUCAGGUCGAAGAAUUUCUGCAGAGGAAGAGAGAGGCAAUGCUCAACAAAGUGAGAGCUGAAGGACAGCUGGGUACUCGACAAAAUCUGGCUGCAAUCUAUGGGAGCCGGGCCGGUGCGGCUCGAUGCAGGCGACCUAAAGUCAACAAAGAGGAGGAGGAGUACCUGGCAAGACUCAGGCAGAUCCGCUUGCAGAACUUCAAUGAGCGUCAGCAGAUCAAAGCCCGGCUGAGAGGAGAGAAGUACGACAGUGACGGCUCUGAUAGCCAGGAGUCAAAUGAGGAGGCAGAGCAAAGGAGAAAAAAAAUAGAGGUUUUAAAAGCUCAGGCAAACGCCCGUGUUGCUGUACUGAAAGAGCAGCUGGAGAAGAAAAGGAGGGAAGCAAACGAGAGAGAGAAAAGAGCCUGGGAGGAUCAUCUUGCUGCGAGUCGAGGUGCCAGAUGUGGCAUUGCUGCUGGACCAGCAUCCUCUGAAUGUCCUCCUUCACCAGCCGCUCCAUCCCAGCCUGACCAGGCUGUCAAAGCUGCAGCCCUGCCCACAUCCAAACCCUCCAGCCCUCCUAUUUCCAUGACCGCUGCCCUGGAGAACGUCGGGGCGAUUACUCCGCUAAAAGAAAACCUGAAUGAGACUGAGACGGCAGUGAUCCAGAGUGAAAAGAAGCAGAUUCUGCGCAGACUAAACCAGAACCUAAAAGCCCGCAGCCCAGUGGAUGAGCUGGAGGAAACCCCUCCAGUGCCUUCAGAACCAAGUGUGGAGCAGUCUGAGGCAGAGAAACUACCACCUUCAGAUGGAGAUCGGAAAAAGUGGGAAGUGGCGGAGCUCCCUCUGCUCCCCGUUCCUCAGCAAACCCUUGGGGAGACGUGCUCUACAUCAGGCACCACUAUAGGAUCUCCUGAGCAACGGCCAUCCUCUGGAGACAGGAAGAAGUGGGAGGCAGGGGCUCCUCUUGUCCUCUCUGUUGCCCAGCAAACACUUGAAGAGACAUGCAUCCCAACCAUUGAGCAAACCCUGGGGGAAGUCAUAAAGAUGGGUGAGCUGCAGGACGACAGUCCUGGGAAGAUGUGGGAAGAGAGUCCAGUGUGUGAUGGGCUGAAGGGGCUUCAGGGUGCAGCUCUUCAGCCAGAGAUUGCUGCAAUGUCUGACAGUGGGAAAAUGCCCAGAGAAGAGUUCAACUCUGCUGCUGAUCAGAGACCUACAGAUGGAAACCAGGAUUCAGACCAGAACGCACCAGUUGCAAAAGCAUCGCCGUUGCCCAGCCAUACUUACAGUCAGGAUACAGCUGACGUGGAGUCUGUGAUUUUGGAGGAAAGUCCGAAACAAACAUCAAAUCCACCAGCUGCUGUUCAACAAGCUUGGGAACAGGAAGCCCAAAAGCAAAUGCCAGAAGGGGGCGACGUAAGACCAACAGGCACUCAGGAUGUUGAGAAAACUUUAGAAAAACCAACUGAAUCCUCAUCAGGUUUAGCUCAGCAUGAGGAGCCCCUGUUCCUGAAGUGCUCGCCAGCCCACAGACGGACCGCUGCCCUCGCUGCACUGUCUGCCCAGUCCUCCAUGGAUGAAUCAUCCUCCUCCCUGGCCUCACGCUCACGCUCGGUCUCACCUUUGCGCUCCAAGAACCAGAACGCCCUCCUCAUCGGUCUCUCUGCAGGCAUGUUUGACGCCAACAACCCAAAGAUGCUGCGAACCUGCUCCUUACCCGACCUCAGCCGACUCUUCAGCCCUCAGCUGGACUCCGCUGUAACUAGCAAGGCUAAUGCUUCCCCAGACAAAGACCUGGAAACAGAGGAUCUGGAAGAAGCUGUUAAAGAUGACGACCAAUCAGAUGCUGAGGAUGGGUAUGAGGAUGAAGAUCUGCAGGACAUCAGGGCCUCAAUGGAGAGACUCCUGCAGGAAGAAAGUGACAGGAGCCCUCCAGAUGUCAUCGGCGACGGGGAUUUUAACGGGAACCCUUCACAAGAUGGAGACCAGGAGUUGUUCGACAGAAUGGCAGCUGAGCUCGAUCAGGACAACAACCAGAUGGCUGUAGAUGAUGAUGAGGAUGAUGAUGAAGAGGAGGAGGAGGAUGAAGAGGAGGACGAGGAUGAAGACGAGGAAUGCUCCAACGGAAGUCCUGGCGACGACGGGGCCAGGGAAUUGCUUUCUAAUGGCGUGGGAGGAGAACGGCAAAAUAACAGCAAGCUGAAUGAAGAAUGGCAAUCAGAUGGAAGUGGAGAAGAUCAAGGGGUGGAGGCUGACCAUCAUGACAGCAUCUUCAGUCGUCUGGAGGAGCUUCGCUUUAACUUGGAGCAGCAGAUGGGUUUUGAGAAGUUCAUUGAAGCUUACAAUAAGAUUAAGGCUAUACAUGAGGAUGAAGACGAGAACAUUGAACUGGGUUCCAGUUUGGUUUCAAACAUACUGGGAACCGAGCAUCAGCACCUGUACCCAAACAUCCUUCAUCUAGUGAUGGCAGAUGGUGCCUACCAGGAAGACAAUGAUGAAUAAGGUACUGAGCAGUGGAGCGGCUGGCAGCUGUCUGAGGUCUUCCCACAGCACACGACAAGCAGAAGGAUCUAUGCAUGAAGUAUGGCUGCCCUCACAUGUUGGCCACUGGUUUGCAUGGACCACUUGAGACUAUUUCACUUUCAGCACUCUUUUCUAACCAGUGUUUGUUUAAAAGUACAUUGUUAAAGGUACAACUUCCUCUGUUGACCAAAGUUCAUUUCAGGUGUGUGUAAAUGUUUCUUGCUCAAUCCUUCCUCAGUUUAAUUACACAUGUAUGUUUGAGCUUUUUCAUGUUCUGUUGGUUUUGAUAAACUCUAUGGUGGCAUUUAGUAUUGGGGAGGGGGGGGGCUUAAGAUCUGACUCUCUCAGGUGCUCUCUUGCUGUGCCACACUCAACCAAUACUUCAUAUUAUAAACCCAGGUUAGCCUCAACAUAAAGGACUAUAACCUACUCAGAAACCAAUUAUACCUCCCUUUCUUACAGGAAUUUCUACCACGUCCAAAAUAAAUACAGUCUAGCUUAAUUUUCUGGAUAAUUUUUUAUCGUUUAAGUUAAAUCCAAGCAAAGAUUUGUCACUGAGGUACUGUAGCAGCACUGAUGAUGUUUGUAGGUCUGGUUAGCCUAAAUGACUGUCUUAAUGAUGUAA